AUGUCAAACCAAUUCUCCACCCAAUUCUCCACCGCCAACUCGUCCAGCACCUCCUCAACCUCCCUCGCCACGCUCCUUCACCGAGCGGACCAACUCUCCACCUCGUUCAACUCGCACCACCGCCAUUCGCUCAACAACGUCGAGGCGAUCCAAUCCGCGCACGUGCAGUUGCAGAACCUGUUGAGUAUGCCUACUGGGGGGAUGGUGACGAGGAGUAGACCGGGGGGUGGGUUGAGGGAACGUGGGAUAGUCAAGGUACGCUCCGGGUAAAAUUGAGGAAGCUCCUGCUGAGCUAUUCCGAGACGUUGGGGAGGUCCGGUCCGGAGUGACAUAGCUGUUACCAGAGCAAAAAAAAAAAAACUGAUCAUAAAACUCCCACCCCCUCACUCAGGUUCAAGAAACGGUAGAGGAAGCGCUUUCCUACCUGCGCGAAGACCUCUCCAAAAUGGAAACUGACGUGGAGCACCUCUCCGCGCUCCUCUUCGAAGCCGACGUCUGGCUCGCGGAUCCUACAACAGCGUUGAAACACGGGUUGAAUCCCAAGGAGGCGUUGAAUCAUGUGGGAGGGUUAUUUGGGAGUUAUCAGGCGGAAUUGAGUGAGUGGGUGCUGCGAGCGAAAAGGGAGGCGUAAAAGGAUAACAGAGAAUGACCGAGCUGACGACUUUUUCGAUGUCACGUGCUCUCCCUAUUCGUUCCAUGUGAUCCUUGGCACAGUCCGAUUACGGUAAUUCCACCAGUUCAGAAUUCUCUUCAUCCUUCACAACCACUGAUUCAUCCUUUUCCCCGUCGGUCACCUCCCCUCCCCGCCUACUGAAUCCAUCCCCUCCUCCCCUCUACCCGAACUCAAGAGAACUCCUCGCCGAUUUCACCUGCGAAGAAAUCACCGUCGACGACUUCGCGUCCGAAUGGAAAGUCAUGAAAGAAGUGGACGCGGGGGCCGAAGCUGAAUUGUCGGAUUUGGUGGAUGUGUUGGGCAAGUGGGCGGCGGGCGCUUCGGGUGGUGGGGGUGGCGGGGACUUGUUUGAGAGUUCUGCGAAGGGGACGGGGACGGGGAUCGGAGGGGAGGAUGAGGAGAUGAGUUAG